GCUUUACAGCACUGUAACUAUAUGUACACAAAUGCCACCAUGACAUUACUUUCCGCGCCAUUGCGGUCGUGCAGUGGGAGGCUAUAUCUCCCAAUCCGAUUCGCUUCCAGGACAACUUAUAGAUGCUUCUCCCAAAGUGCACACCUUGCUCGGCAUCCCUCUCCCUCGGGCCACAAGUGGUCCCAUCCACCCAGUUCAACAGUCAUCGCCGACGACGAUGUAGCAAGCCUCGCCAGCAAACCACAGCAUGCCCUCAGUCUGGCAGAUCUCGUCAAACAUGGUCGUCCCCCGCUCUCCGCAGCCGCGCUGUAUUCCUCUGCGAACUUCACCCUCUCCCUACUCCCCAUACGCCUCGCGCAUCGUAUACACGCCCUGCGAAACCUCCCUUUUAUUGUCGUGUCGAAUCCGAACAUAUCGAAAAUAUACAAUAACUACCUCCACUCCCUCUCGACCUUGUUGCCGUACAAGCACAAGACCAUCUCCAACCUUGAAGACGAGAUUCGGUUCACAGAAGUGCUCGCAGAAUUAGUCGAAACCCACGCAAAUACAAUACCCACCUUGGCCCGAGGUUUUUUGGAAUGUAGGAAGUAUAUCAAUCCGGUACAGGUAACAGGAUUCUUGGACGAACACUUGCGAGCUAGAAUCGGAACAAGGUUGAUCGCCGAGCAACACAUUGCCUUACAUGUAUCUUCACAGCCUCACCAAGAUCCGACUUCUAAAUACGAACCGUCGAGCCAUUCAUCAUACGUUGGUGUUAUUGAUACCGCGCUUCAGCCUGCUACGAUUAUAAACAGCUGUGGAAACUACGUGUCAGACAUAUGCGAACUCGAAUAUGGCGUCCGGCCAACAUGGAUUAUUGAUGGAGAGCCGGAUACCACGUUCGCCUAUGUACCAGUACAUCUAGAGUACAUCAUCACCGAAUUGCUCAAGAAUGCGUUUCGCGCGACUGUCGAGUCUGGGAGGUCGCAUGAGCCUGUUGUGAUUACAAUUGCUGCAGAACCAGAGUCUCCAAGAGGAGCUCCAAAUUCGUUCGAUCAUAGCCAGACAUUGGAUAACAAUUACCCUCAGGAAUCGUCCGAAAACCCCCGUAUUAAACCAUUUGACGACCCCGCUCCUGGGGUAACAAUACGAAUCCGUGACAGGGGAGGUGGAAUCAGCCCCAAGGUUCUGCCCAACAUAUGGUCUUACUCAUUUACGACCUUUUCCGACGAGGACGAAUUGCCUGGGCAGAUCUCUGGCGGCGGUAACGUGGAUGCGCUCAACGCAAUAUCUGGACCUGGUGGAGAGCGAAGCUCAAUCGCGGGUCUUGGAUACGGGCUACCGCUAGGUAGAGCAUACGCCGAGUAUUUCGGCGGGGGUAUUGGUGUUCAAAGCCUUUAUGGAUGGGGCUGCGAUGUUUAUUUGCGACUCAAGGGACUAGGGAAGCCAAAGGAUUGA